GUAGCUUCCAAUCUGCUGCGCUCGAGAGCUUCAGGCUCUAAGCCUAGGAUUGGAUGUGUCUCAUUCAGACCGAGCUUCUGUGUUUUGGAGCUUCAUGAUAGAAAAAAAAAAUGUUGUAGUGGGACGUGUUAGGGUUUAUUUAUUUCAUAUAUGACAUGCUCUAAGACAACAGAGGACAAACAAACGGGAAGAAAUAAUCGCGGUUUCCACCUUUGGUUUUUCUUCUUGCUUUAUUUUGCUCUAAACAGCUGCAACGCCCACAAAGUAGAGGAAUUAUUUUACCUGGCUUUUUAAAGAAAGAAAAAGAAAAACAACGCAAAGCUCAAUCCGGAGGGAGGAAGAAAAAAGUUUCCCCGAGGGAGGAAUUCCACGCCGGUUGUCUGUGGGUUUGCUCCGAUUCCAGUGGGUGACACUUCCAGAGCCAGCCAAAUGUCAUUGCUGAAUUGUUUUCAUCAGGUUUCUGCUGCUUUACUUAAGAGGCCACACGAAUAUAAGUACAUUGUGCUUACGCUACAGCAGCAGGGUUCUGGAAUUCAAUUUUAAGAAGAUCUUGAAGCAGUUUUUUUUUUUUGGGUUUUUUUUUUCACAAGCAUAACACAAGCAACAGCAAUGGAUAUAAAGGAUCGAAAGCAUCGUUCCUUAACGAGAGGUCGUUGUGGGAAAGAGUUUCACUAUACGAGUUCCUCUCUCGAUAGCGAGGACUGCCGGGUCCCUACACAGAAAUCCUACAGCUCCAGUGAAACCCUCAAGGCGUACGACCACGACUCCAGACUUCACUACGGCGGCCGUGUCACCGACUUAGUGCACCGGGAGUCCGAUGAGUACCCCAGACAAGGUAAUUUUACACUGGCCGAACUGGGGAUCUGUGAGCCCACUCCACACUGCAGUGGUUUCUGUUCUGAUAUUGGACUGUUGCCUCGCGGAUAUUCACUCAGCGUGGGCUCUGAUGUUGACUCGGACACAGAGGGUGCCAUGUCUCCCGAGCACGCUAUUAGGCUCUGGGGAAGAGGAAUAAAGUCACGGCGCAGUUCUGGCCUUUCAAGCCGGGAGAAUUCUGCUCUCACCCUGACUGAUUCCGAAAAUGAAAACAAAUCUGAUGAUGAAUCAGAUUUCGGAAGAAAUUAUGUCGUGGAAUUAAACGGCAUCCAUUACUCAAGUGGCACCACAAACACGCAGAAGAGUAAAGGUCGUCCCAUUCCACCCACACCCUCGUCCAGCCUCCUCCCUUCUGCCCCACCACCCACGGGCUCCCUCCACCAGCAUCCUCCACCAGCUGGCGUUAGAGACUGCCAGAUGUCAUUACUAGACAGCAACGCCUCCCAUCCCAUCCUGGACUCCAACCCUGACGAGGAGUUCUCCCCGAACACAUACCUGCUGAGGCCGUGUGUCGGGCCUCAGCCAGCCUCGGGUGGCGGUCCUCCGAACCACCACAGCCAGUCGACCCUGAGGCCUCCUCUGCCGCCGCCUCACAACCAUCAGACGCUGUCCCAUCAUCAUUCUUCUGCCAACUCUCUGAACAGAAACUCCCUGACCAACCGACGGAAUCAAAUCCACACCCCAGCUUCGGCACCCAACGAUGUGCCCACAACUCCAGAGUCUGUCCAGCUGCAGGAUAGCUGGGUGCUUAACAGCAAUGUGCCUCUUGAGACCAGGCACUUCCUCUUUAAGACGUCUUCAGGGACGACACCUCUGUUCAGCAGCUCGUCCCCUGGCUAUCCUCUGACUUCUGGGACAGUGUACUCCCCGCCACCACGACUCCUGCCCAGAAACACCUUCUCCCGAAAUGCAUUCAAGCUAAAGAAACCAUCCAAGUACUGCAGUUGGAAAUGCGCUGCCCUCUCGGCCAUUGCUGCCGCCAUUCUGUUGGCUAUUUUGCUUUCCUACUUCAUAGCAAUGAACCUGCUAGGACUGAACUGGCAGCUACAGCCGGCUGACGGUCACAUCAUCAACAAUGGAUUGAGUACAGGGUUACCAGGCAACAGUGAUGUGGCAACAGUGCCAUCUGGAGGCAGAGGUCCUUGGAGUUUUCGGAACAGCAGCAUUGACACUGGCAAUCUGGAAGUGGGCCGAAGAGUGACCCAAGAAAUCCCCCCUGGGGUCUUCUGGAGGUUACUGCUGCAUUUGAAUCAACCCCAGUUUCUAAAGUUCAACAUUUCAUUAGGGAAGGAUGCACUGUUUGGGGUGUACAUUCGCAAAGGACUGCCACCAUCACACGCUCAGUACGACUACAUGGAGCGGCUGGACGGGAAGGAGAAGUGGAGCGUAGUGGAGUCUCCUCGUGAGCGGCGCAGUAUCCAGACUGUGGUCCUGAAUGAAGCCGUUUUCGUCCAAUAUUUGGAUACGGGAUCCUGGCAUUUGGCAUUCUAUAAUGAUGGAAAGGAUAAGGAGGCCGUGUCAUUCAGCACUGCUAUUUUAGAGUCUGUCCAAGAAUGUCCCAGGAAUUGUCACAGCAAUGGAGAAUGUGUCUCUGGAGUCUGUCACUGUUUUCCAGGAUUCCAUGGGGCCGAUUGCUCAAAAGCUGCCUGCCCUGUCCUGUGUAGUGGUAAUGGUCAGUACUCCAAAGGAGCUUGCAUCUGUUACAGCGGCUGGAAGGGACCAGAAUGUGAUGUUCCUCUCAACCAGUGUAUUGACCCCAACUGUGGAGGACAUGGCUCCUGCAAUGAUGGCACCUGCGCCUGCACUUUGGGAUACAAAGGAGAGAGUUGUGAGGAAGUGGACUGCCUGGACCCUACGUGCUCAAACCAUGGCGUGUGCGUAAAUGGAGAGUGUCACUGCAGCCCAGGCUGGGGUGGUCUUAACUGCGAGCUGCCCAGGGCUCAGUGCCCCGAUCAGUGCAAUGGUCAUGGGACUUUCAUUCCUGACACGGGACUCUGCAGCUGCGACCCAAACUGGAUGGGGCCCGACUGCUCUGUGGAGGUGUGUUCAGUGGACUGUGGCACUCAUGGUGUCUGUAUGAAUGGAGCAUGCCGUUGUGAAGAAGGUUGGACUGGCAUUGCAUGUGAUCAGCGGGUCUGUCACCCCCGCUGUGUAGAGCAUGGGACCUGCAAAGAUGGAAAGUGUGAAUGCAGAGAGGGCUGGAAUGGAGAACACUGCACCAUCGAUGGCUGCCCUGAUCUGUGCAAUGGCAAUGGGAAAUGCACCCUCGGUCAAAACAGCUGGCACUGUGUCUGUCAGACCGGCUGGAGAGGGUCUGGAUGCAAUGUUGCCAUGGAAACCUCUUGUGCUGAUAACAAGGAUAAUGAGGGAGAUGGCCUCAUUGACUGUAUGGACCCAGACUGUUGUCUCCAAAUCCCUUGCCAAUCCAACCCACUGUGCCGGGGCUCACGUGAUCCUCUUCAGAUCAUUCAGCAGAGCAAGUCGCCCUCGCAGAAAGUGAAGUCGUUCUAUGACAGGGUGAAGAUGUUAGUCGGCCGGGACAGCACUCACAUCAUUCCUGCAGACAACCCUUUUAAUGCCAGCUUGGCAUCCUUGAUUAGAGGACAGGUUUUAACCACAGAUGGCACUCCGCUGGUUGGAGUCAACGUUUCCUUUAUGAAGUACCCGCAGUAUGGAUACACGUUAACUCGCCAGGAUGGCACGUUUGAUUUGAUUGCAAACGGAGGGGCUUCCCUGACGCUUCAUUUUGAGCGGGCUCCAUUUAUGAGUCAAGAGCGCACCGUGUGGCUGCCUUGGAACAGUUUCUAUGCUAUGGACACCAUGGUGAUGAAGACUGAGGAAAACUCCAUCCCGAGCUGUGAUCUGAGUGGCUUUGUGCGGCCAGACCCCAUCAUUAUCUCCUCUCCGCUGUCUUCGUUCUUCAGUUCCAGGCCCGGACAAAGCCCCAUUGUUCCAGAAACUCAAGUUCUUCAUGAACAGAUUGAGAUCCCUGGCACCAGCCUUAAACUUAGCUACCUAAGUUCUCGUAGUCCAGGAUACAAGUCCCUGCUGAAGAUCGUCAUGACCCAAUCUGUGGUGCCUCUGAAUCUGAAUAAAGUUCACCUGAUGGUGGCUGUGGAGGGUCAUCUCUUCCAGAAAUGGUUCCAUGCGUCCCCAAACUUGGCCUACACCUUCAUCUGGGACAAAACCGAUGCUUAUGGCCAAAUAGUCUAUGGUCUCUCUGAAGCUGUUGUGUCUGUUGGCUUUGAGUACGAAACCUGCUUGAGUCUCAUUCAGUGGGAGAAGAGGACGGCAACCCUCCAAGGCUAUGAACUGGAGCCCUCCAAUCUCGGUGGCUGGUCGCUUGAUAAGCACCAUAUACUCAAUGUCAAAAGUGGAAUCCUUCAUAAAGGAAACGGUGAAAAUCUGUUUUUGUCCCAGCAGCCAGCGGUGAUCACAAGCAUCAUGGGUAAUGGCAGGAGACGCAGUAUCUCCUGCCCUAGUUGUAAUGGCCUUGCUGAUGGCAACAAGCUGCUCUCUCCUGUGGCCCUUGCUGUGGGGAUCGACGGCAGUCUCUUUAUUGGGGAUUUGAACUUUGUGAGGAGAGUUUUUCCUUCGAUGAAUGUCACAAGUAUUUUUGAGCUCAGAAAUAAGGAUUUCAGACACAGCAACAAUCCAUCCCAUAAAUAUUUCCUGGCUGUUGAUCCGGUCACUGGAGCUCUGUACCUCUCCGACACCAACAGCCGGCGCAUCUACCGUAUCAAGUCCUUAACAAGUAGCAAACAACUGUCAGAAAACUCAGAGGUGGUGGCCGGAACGGGAGAACAAUGCCUGCCAUUUGAUGAAGCCCGCUGUGGAGAUGGUGGCAAGGCGGUGGAGGCCACUCUCAUGAGUCCCAGAGGAAUCGCUGUUGAUAAGAAUGGGUUAAUGUAUUUUGUGGAUGCCACAAUGAUUCGGAAGGUGGAUCAGAACGGAAUCAUCUCAACCCUUCUGGGAUCCAACGACCUGACUUCUGUUCGGCCCCUCAGCUGUGACUCCAGCAUGGAUGUAAGCCAGGUACGUCUGGAAUGGCCAACAGAUCUUGCCAUCAACCCUAUGGAUAACUCUCUCUAUGUGCUUGAGAAUAACGUGAUUCUGCGCAUCACCGAGAAUCAUCAGGUCAGCAUCAUUGCUGGGCGGCCAAUGCACUGCCAAGUUCCUGGUAUCGACUACUCCUUGAGCAAGCUGGCCAUACACUCAGCUCUGGAAUCUGCCACCUCCAUUGCCAUCUCUCACACGGGUGUGCUGUACAUUACCGAAACCGAUGAGAAGAAAAUGAACCGCGUGCGCCAAGUCUCCGCCAAUGGGGAAAUUUCACUGCUGGCAGGGGCCACCUCUGAAUGUGAUUGCAAAAAUGAUGUGAACUGCAACUGUUUCAACGGUGAUGAUGGCUAUGCCACAGACGCAUACCUCAACUCCCCUUCCUCUUUGGCUGUCUCCCCAGAUGGCACUCUGUAUAUCGCUGACCUGAAUAACAUCAGAAUUAGAGCGGUCAGGCAAAAUCGUCCCAUUCUGAAUUCAGCCAGCCAGUAUGAAGUGGCAUCUCCGAGAGAGCAAGAAAUGUAUGUCUUCAACUCGGAUGGAAUCCACCAGUACACGCUGAGUCUCAUCACCGGCCAGGCUCUGUACAAUUUCUCCUAUGGCCCUGACAACACUACCGUGUUAGGUGUGGUGGACAACUGCAAUAACAGCCUCCGGGUGAGAAGGGAUUCUAACGGCACACCACGCCACUUGCUUCUGUCAGACAACCAGACGAUCACCUUGACAGUCGGCAACAGUGGGGGCCUGAAGUCUGUCUCGGUGCAAAACCUGGAGCUGGCGUUUAUGACAUACGAGAGUGCGAGCGGCCUGCUAGCAACAAAGUCUGAUGAGACGGGAUGGACGACCUUCUAUGAGUAUGACAGUGAGGGACGUUUGACCAACGUAACAUCCCCAACUGGCCUAGUGACAAGUUUACAUCGUGAAAUGGAGAAAUCGAUCAACAUCGAUAUCGAAAACUCCAACAGAGAUGACGAUGUUACGGUCAUCACUAAUCUGUCUUCUGUUGAGGCAUCCUAUACUGUUGUUCAAGAUCAAGUAAGAAACAGCUACCAGCUGUGCAACAAUGGGACGCUGCGUGUGAUGUAUGCCAAUGGAAUGGGAAUAAGCUUUCAUACAGAGCCGCAUAUCCUCGCUGGCACAGUGAGCCCCACUAUUGGACGCAGAAACAUCACCCUGCCGAUGGAGAACGGACUCAACUCCAUCGAGUGGCGCUUAAGAAAGGAGCAAAUUAAAGGCAAAGUCACCGUCUUUGGCAGGAAACUGAGGGCACAUGGAAGAAACUUACUCUCCAUUGACUUUGACCGAAAUACUCACACUGAAAAAAUAUAUGAUGACCAUCGAAAAUUUACCUUAAGAAUCGUCUACGAUCUGCAAGGGCGUCCAUCCCUCUGGCUUCCUAGCAGUGGACUGGCUCCCGUAAACGUGUCCUACUCCCCCAGCGGCCAGCUUGUCGGACUUCAACGGGGUGCAAUGAAUGAAAGAACCGAGUAUGAUGGGAAGGGGAGGAUUGCUUCACGAGUGUUUGUGGAUGGUAAAACAUGGAGCUACACUUACCUUGAGCGGUCUAUGGUGCUACUUCUGCAGAGCCAGCGCCAGUACAUCUUUGAGUUUGACACCUCGGACUGGAUUAACGCUGUCACCAUGCCAAGUGUGGCCCGUCACACCAUGACUACUCAUACAUCAGUUGGUUAUAUCAGAAAUAUAUACAAUCCUCCAGAAAGCAAUGCAUCCGUCAUAUAUGACUUUACCGAAGAUGGAAAACUUCUGGACACUUUGUUUUUAGGAACUGGUCGCAAAGUGUUCUACAAGUACGGAAAGCUUUCAAAGUUGUCAGAGGUUGUUUACGAUGGCACUGCCGUCACCUUUGGCUAUGAUGAAACCACAGGAGUCCUCAAAAUGGUCAACUUGCAGAGCGGGGGGUUUUCCUGCACAAUCCGUUACCGAAAAAUCGGCCCCUUGAUCGACAAGCAGAUCUACAGAUUCUCCGAAGAAGGCAUGGUCAACGCCAGAUUUGACUACACUUACCACGACAACAGCUUUCGUAUCGCUAGCAUGAAACCUGUGAUCAGUGAGACCCCUCUCCCUGUGGAUCUUUAUCGUUAUGAUGAGAUCUCUGGCAAGGUGGAACAUUUUGGGAAAUUCGGGGUUAUCUACUACGAUAUUAAUCAAAUCAUUACCACUGCAGUCAUGACUCUUAGUAAACAUUUUGACACCCAUGGGCGCAUCAAGGAAGUACAGUAUGAAAUAUUUCGAUCCCUGAUGUACUGGAUGACUGUUCAGUAUGAUAAUAUGGGAAGAGUAACCAAAAGGGAGCUUAAACUUGGCCCUUAUUCCAAUACAACAAAAUAUACCUACGAAUAUGAUGGGGACGGGCAGUUAAACGCAGUUAAAGUAAACGACUGGCCGACAUGGCGCUAUAGCUACGAUUUGAAUGGAAACUUACAUCUUCUAAACCCUGGCAAUAGUGCUCGUCUGAUGCCGCUACGCUAUGAUCUGCGAGACCGGAUCACACGCCUCGGAGAUGUGCAGUAUAAGCUCGAUGAGGAUGGCAUCCUGAGCCAGCGUGGGUCUGAUGUUUUUGAGUACAACUCCAAAGGUCUGCUGGUUCGGGCCUAUAGCAAAGUCAGUGGCUGGAAUGUCCAGUACCAUUAUGAUGGCUUAGGCCGGAGAGUAUCCAGCAAGACCAACCUAGGACAACAUCUUCAGUUUUUUUAUGCCGAUCUCAACAACCCAGCCAGGGUGACCCAUGUGUACAAUCACUCCAGCUCUGAAAUCACAUCUCUGUAUUAUGACCUGCAAGGCCACUUGUUUGCAAUGGAGAUCAGCAGUGGAGAGGAGUACUACAUUGCUUCAGACAAUACGGGAACGCCUCUGGCUGUUUUUAGUAGUAAUGGCCUGAUGAUCAAGCAGCUCCAGUACACUGCCUAUGGAGAGAUAUACCAGGACUCUAACCCCGAUUUCCAGCUAGUCAUUGGCUUUCACGGUGGCCUUUACGAUGCUCUUACCAAAUUAGUGCACUUCAUGCAGAGAGAUUACGAUGUCCUUGCCGGUCGCUGGACGGCUCCAGAUCAUACACUGUGGAAAAAGAUCAGCAAAGACCCAGCACCCUUUAAUUUGUACAUGUUUAAGAACAAUAACCCACUCAGUGACACUUUGGACUUGAAGAACUACGUCACAGAUGUUAAGAGCUGGCUUGUAAUGUUUGGAUUUCAGUUAAGUAACAUCAUUCCUGGAUUUCCAAAGCACACCUUCUACUUCGUUGAGCCCCCUUAUGAGCUGUUAAUGAGCCAGGACUGUGAAAAUGGACAGCUCAUCACUGGUGUUCAACAAGCAGCUGAAAGACAUAACCAGGCCUUCAUGGCGCUUGAAGGGAGACAGCUGAACAAGGACAAGAGACCAGGGAAGAAGGACAAACCAGGCCGAUGGUUUGGCAUCUCUAAAGCAAUCAUUGGAAAGGGCAUGAUGUUUGCUAUUAAAGAUGGAAGAGUCAUCGCAGGGGUCACCAGUGCUGCUGGUGAGGACAACAGGAAAUUAGCUACGGUUCUGAACAACGCCUAUUAUUUGGAAGGAGCUCACUAUACCGUCGACGGGAAGGACGGCCACUACUUUGUGAAAAUCGGUUCCGCGGACAGUGACCUUGUAGCCCUGGAAAUGACAAGCGGACGCAAGGUGCUAGAGAGCGGCAUUAACAUCACAGUCACCCAGCAGUCCCUCCUGGUUGGAAGUAGAACUCGUAGGUUUACAAAUAUUGAAAUCGAGUCAACCACCUUGUCAUUUAAUAUCCGCUACGGCCUGACGUUAGAAACGCUGGACGAGGAGAGGAGCCGGGUGUUGGAUCAGGCUCGGACAAGAGCGUUAAAUGCGGCUUGGCUGAAGGAGCAGCAGAAGGCGCGUGACGGCAAAGAGGGCAGCCGACUGUGGACUGAAGGAGAAAAGCAGCAGCUGUUAAACACGGGGAGAGUCCAGGGAUACGACGGCUACUACGUGUUACCCAUCGAGCAGUACCCAGAGCUGGCAGACUGCAGCAGCAAUAUCCAGUUCCUACGACAAAACGAAAUGGGAAAGAGGUAACAGAUUCAACUGCGGUGGGCCAGUUCAAGAAUGGGCCCGGAACAGAAUCCAAGGACUUUUCAUAUUAGUGUCUCCUCUCCUAAGGAGAUGAAAAGAAAUGCUAGUGGGGUAUGAAGCGGAGACUUAAUAAAGGAACUCUAAAGAACAAAAAACAGCUAUUUAGGAACUCUCCUGCCACCUACGGCAAAAAAAAAAAUAUAUAUACAUAUAUCUUUAGAAAAGCACUGAGACUUGGAAAACGAUAAAAGCAGUUGCAAAAAGUGUACCCCCUUUUUACAAAACGUUGCCCAUAUUUUUGGGGUUCCUGAAAAACAAAAAGAUGUCUUCAUCGAAUGUUUUAAGUGAGACGCUAAUGCUGCCGAGAGAAUUCACGGAUGGCUGCUUUCACUGGAAUGGAUUCCAUGUCCUGAGCUAACUUUAAACUUGCCAACUUGAUUAUGCUUACAGCUGGAAAGUGCACUGGCAAAGAGCUUGGAAGGUUUUAAGAGAAAUGAAUAAAAAAAAAUAAUAAUAAAUAACACGUACACGUCGUCUCAGGCCUUCAAGUCGUGAAACGAAAAGCUGAACUUCGGAGUCAGUUUCACAUGAACACCAAUGGCAAAUUUGAAAAAUUCCAAAAAAAAAAAAAAA